GAGAAAGAAAGAAAGACAGCGAGAGAGAGAGAGAACAAAACAUCCGGACAGAUAGACGAGCAAUGAAGGGAUUAAAUGAGGACGAAACAGACCGCCAGACCGUGUAAUUCUAAACCUGACAAUCCCUCUAUAAAAAUUCUCUUUCAGCGACCUCGUGCCAAUAUGGCCUGGUCCUUCGACUAUCAGGAAGAGAGCAUUCUUGCCAGCCUUGGAGUGGCGCCUGAGGACAUCGAGUUCAAGGCCGAGAACUGCACUAAGAUAUGGGUGUGGCAUACGAAAUCAGUGAGACCCAAGCCUGCAACCAGGGAUCUGUGUGACGCUCGCUUCGACGGCACUAAUCUGCGGUUCCUGGAGAGCCAGAUGGAGCUACAAGGGACAGCGUGCCAACCUAAGAGCCAGACGCAGGCGGCGGUGAAGGUGGAGGGACAGGAGAUGCUGGAGACGACACCAUUCGUGGGUGAAGAACCGACGGAAAAAUUCGGAAUGGAUUAUGAGAACUGAAGUCUUUAAAAAAGGGGCGCACUUUAUGUAUUCAUUUAUUAUUAUCAUUCAUUACUCGUUUGCCUUGAGGUGACCGCCGUAGGACAGCGGUAACAGGCACUGUAGGGGACCGAGAGGAUCCCCAAGGUCUCCAAGGCCGAGGUUAAAAAUAAUAUCAAAGGAAAGUCCUUUGAAAGAGGGCCUUGUCUUUGCCCCUUUGAAUGCGCUCGAGAUGUACAAGUGAAUCGUUAUUGGUUUGUUUUGAAACUAUAUAAUUGCCUAUUUUGGAGAGAUGGGUGUGUGCGUUGUGUAUUAUACGCAAAACGCCGAUUUAAGGCUUUGGUUUUCAUAUAUUGAGCAUUCCAUUCCAUAUUUCUAAGAACGGAGAGAGAGAGAGAGAGAGAGAGAGAGAGAGAGAGAGAGAGAGAGAGAGAGAGAGAGAGAGAGAGAGAGAGAGAGAGAGAGAGAGAGAGAGAGAGAGAUUUAAUAUGCAUUCUCAUUCGUGCCUUACGCGCAUAGCAUUGUCUUGGUCCUAGUUCAUAAGGAGACGAAUAAUUCUGGAUUCAAAAAAACUUUAACAGGAAAUUAUGAUAAACAUUAUGUAUUUUCUUUUUUUCUAAUUGUAUGAAAUAAACUUUAUAACUGCAA